AUGUCUGUUUUCAGGCUAGAGUUCGACAAUCAAUUCCUGCUAACCUUCCUUGGCGACCCCGACAUCCACGUCUUCGAGUACACGGACGACCCCAACGUCUUCGAGAUGAUCUACGACAGGGACGACUCCCGCUGGCUCACCGGGAUCACCGUCGGACGCUCCCCUGCGGCGUCGUUUAGGGCCCUGGAGGUGUUCGGCGUCACCAUUGGUGGCAACAAGUUGAAGCAGUUGGCCAAGGAUUUGACCCUGGUCGAUGAAAACGGUCAGCCCUUUCAUCUCUUGGUCAACCGCCAGGGCCUAUGUUUCCUGCGCGUCAGGAGUCAGUCGAUCGUGCGGCUGAGGAUCAAUGACCAUUUCGGUUGGUCCAAGUACGGGGUGAACCCUCAGAUCAGUACGAUAUGGAGUAUAUGGGACAUGAACAAUGGCGCCGUCUUGGUUGCUCCUCCGGCUAAUCUUGGCGAGGAGGGUAUUGAUGUUGAUGAGAAAAAGAAGCUCUUGGAGGAGAAGGAGAAGUUGCUGGAAGAGAAGAACAAGCUUAUGGAGAAGAUGCUGGAAGAGAAGGAGAAGGAGGUGGUUUCUCUCAAGGCCGCCUUGAACGCUCUGACGUUAAAAUGA